ACGUCACGCGUCAUGUCUUUCAUUCGCUCGUUUUCGCGGUCACCGCUGAGGUGCUCUUUUUCCCCGUCUUUUGCUCGCUCCUUUGCAGCAAAGGCAGCACCAACGGCGACGGAUAGUCCAAAAGGGAGCUCGAAAGAUGAACCAGCGUCGAGCUCUCUGGUAGAAGGCGAAACUACUCUGUCCUCAUGUCCAGCAAACACAGUCCUCACUGGCCUGAACUAUCUCAAAGGUCAGCCACCAGUUAUCGCACUUCCCGACGAGGAAUAUCCUUCCUGGUUAUGGACGCUGCUAAAUCCGAAAGACCUCGCCGAUGACGGUCCUGGUGGAAAAGCAGAGAAGCGGCGACUAAGGAAAGAGAACAGGCAACGUAUAAAAGACCAAAACUUCAUGAAAACUCAAUGAUGGAUGUCGGAUAUAUUUCGUUGUCACUAUAUAAUGGUAAUACAAUGGUCCAUCUCAGACUUAUUUAUAUUCAUUAGGUUUGUGUCAGGUGAUAAUGACGCGGAUAGAUCGAUGUAGAGAGCUUUUCC